AUGCCGCUGCGUCUGCUGCUGCUGUCGGGGCUGCUGCCCGCCCGCGACUGCGAGUCGCUGCUGCUGGUGUGUCGCUCGUGGAGUGCCAUUGCGGCCGCGUUGGUGCUCGGCCAGCGCAGCCUCUUGCUCAGCAGCGACGUGUGUCUGCUGCACCGCGUCCCGGGCCGACCCGAGCGUCCGGAGCGACUGCAGGCCGUUCUGCGGCGUCUGGGCGACCGCUUCCCUCGGCUGGAGACGGAGACGUCGCUGCCCGCAGCCACAGACGAGCAGCUGCAGCGCGCGCACGGAGAGGUGUACGUGGACAUGGUGGCGCGCAUGAGCAGCAAGGCCUACGCGGCCUUUGUGGUGCCCAGUCCCAGAGCCAGCAAGAUCCCGACGCUCGCCGGCAAGAAGGAGUACUACCAGCAGUACGAGUUCGUGGAGCUGGGCGACGACAUGACGCUCAUGAGGCACACGCUGGCGGCUGCGCGGGUCGCGGCGGGCGGCGCGUGUCUCGCCGUGGACCAAGUGUUGUCGGAGAAUAACGGUUUCCGCAACGCCUUCUGUGCCGUGAGGCCGCCUGGACAUCACGCGGAGAGAUGCAGGACCAUGGGGUUUUGUGUCUUUAAUAACGUCGCGGUGGCUGCGCUCCAUGCGCUGGAGAAGCACGGACUCAACCGAGUGGCGAUCGUGGAUGUGGACGUGCAUCACGGCAAUGGGACGCAAGACAUGGCGGACAAGGAGCCGAGGCUGCUCUAUGUGUCGAUGCACCAGGCCGCGCCGUGCUUCCCGAGCUCGGGCUUUGCCAGUGAGAAGGGGAAGCACGGGAAUCUACUGAAUGUGCCGCUGCGAGCACGAUGCACGGCGCAGAAGUACCGAGAACAAUUCACUGCGACGGUGAUUCCGCGUGUCCGCGAGUUCUGUCCGCAGUUGAUCAUCAUCUCAAUGGGCUUUGACGGCUCGACACGAGACCCCCUCGCCGAUUUCCGCCUCGAGGCCUGCGACUUCUACUGGAUCACGAAAGAGCUGUGCAAGUUGGCGUGGGAGUGCUGCGAUGGCAAGAUCGUAUCGGUGAUGGAGGGAGGGUAUCACCUCGGAGCACUCGCAGACGGCGCGGAGCAGCACAUGCUCGCACUGAUACACAGCUCCUGGCGUCCGGACGGUGUCAUCCCCAUUGAGGUUCCUCUUUCCGAGAGGCUGCCGAACUAG